AUGACUGAUCUGCUAGCCCAUGUAGUGGAAGACCAGGGUCAGAACCCUAAUCCUCAACCUGAAAAUCCUGGUAACCAUGUAGAGGGCGAGGAUAGGGCCCUCGAAAGGUUUCAGAAAUUUUUCCCACCAAAGUUUAUUGGAGGGCUAGAUCCGAAUGUGGCUGAGAGAUGGCUAGAAAAGAUGGUGGACAUCUUUGCUGCCCUGCAUUAUACGGAGGAAAGGCAGGUGACUAUUGCUGUCUUCCAACUGGAAGGGGUAGCCCAUUCCUGGUGGAACGUAAUACGACAGAAAUGGGACCGAGAACAAAUGCCCAGGACAUGGGUGAACUUCAUGAGGAAGUUCAACGUGAAAUUCUUCCCUCCUCUGGUUCAAGAACGGAAGGAAGACGAGUUUAUUCGGCUUCGCCAAGGGACCCAGACUGUAGCCGA